AUGGCCAAUCCCUCCGCUUCCCUCAAGGUUCCUCAGGCCACCAUGCCUAACAUCAGCACCGCUCCUCUCAACACCAAGCGCAAGAUUGUAUGCUUCUCUGACUUUGACGGCACAAUCUUCAUGCAGGACACCGGCCACAUCCUCUUCAACGCCUUUGGUUGCGGUACCGAGAGGCGCGAGAUCCUCGACGAACAAAUCAAGUCUGGCGAGCGUUCAUUCCGCGACGUAUCCGAGGAGAUGUGGGGAUCUCUCGAUGUGCCCUUCGCCGACGGCUUCGAGGCCAUGAAGGAUGGCCUGGACAUCGAUCCCGAGUUCAAGAACUUCCACCAGUUCUGCUUGAACAACAAAAUCCCCUUCAACGUCAUCUCUGCUGGCUUGAAGCCCGUGCUGCGCAGUGUUCUGGACCACUUUUUGGGAGAGGAGGCUGCUGCCAACAUUGACAUUGUGGCCAACGAGGCUGACAUCUCAGAGGAUGGAUCGUCGUGGAAGGUCAAGUGGCGCCAUGACAAUGAGUUGGGCCACGACAAGGAACUCUCCAUCAACGAGUACAAGGAAGCCGCUCAACUGGAAUCGGAAGACGGCACUAUCCCCAUGAUCAUCUUCAUCGGCGACGGUGUAUCUGACUUGCCCGCUGCCCGCCACUCCGACGUCCUAUUCGCUCGCCGCGGCCUCCGUCUCGAGGAGUACUGCAUCGAGAACAAGAUUGCGUAUAUUCCUUUCGACACGUUUGCCGAUAUCCAAAAGGAAGUCAUCAAGAUUGCAAAGAUUGAUGACGAAAAGACCAAGGGUAAGGGAUUGCCUAGCAACUUCAACCCUCGCGCAAACAUGUGGCGUAGAGUCAGUUCGAAGAAGGCGAUUCCUACUUUUGCGGCCAUGACACCGAGGGAUGAGCGUAUGUUCAUCUGGCCUGAGACUUUCUCCGAGGUCAAGGUCCCUGAGGUUGCUGCUUAG